GCGAGGGCGGGGCGAGCGCGCUGCCAUGGAGACGGGCGGCCCGCGUGGCGUCAGGUCGGGACGAGGAAGCGGCGCGGGGCGCGUCCCGCGGCUCCAUCUUACGUGAGGCGGCGGCGGCGGCGGUGGCGACGAGGCCGAGGCCGAGCUUUCCUUUGCCGGCACUGCCUGUCGCUCGGCCACUCCCCCGCCGGCUCUCCGUGGGGUCGAAAUCUAAAUGGGUCCAGUGGUGCUGCCCGAAGUGAAGACCGAGCGAUCCAGUUUCAUGCAAGGGUCGUCAAAAGAGCCGGAGACUGGCGAGCACAAUGAUCUGAUUGUGGGUUUUGAGGAUGAGGUGAAGGAUCACUCCCCAGGCCUGUUAGGCCUGGCACUGGACCUCACUCACCUGGGCCUGGGCCACUUUCCAGCACUGUCCCCAAAGCGGGAGCCGGCGGCUGGCCCAGGCGAGCCGCGCGAUGAUGAGGAGCUCACAAACCUGGACUGGCUGCACGGAGGCAGGGAUGUUCUGGGCAGUUUGAAGCUGGGUGGUCAGGCGGGCCUGCGUGCUGUGAGUCCCCCCCCUGUGCCACCACCGCCUCCAGACUCCCUGCCCUCUCCUGCCCCCUCUGAUGACCUGCCGCCAAGGGAGGGAGAUGCACACGCCGGCCUCCCGGGUACGCCCUCUUCUCACCGCUCGACUACCACUGCUGCAGGACAUAACCCAAAUGCAAAACCACCCUACUCCUUCAGCUGCCUCAUUUUCCUUUCAAUUGAAGCAUCGCCCUACAAACGACUACCUGUCAAGGGCAUCUAUGACUGGAUCCUGGACCACUUCCCUUACUUUGUUGGGGCGCCCUCUGGUUGGAAGAACUCUGUGCGGCACAAUCUGUCUCUGAAUAAAUGCUUCAAGAAAGUGGACAAGGACCGUCAUCAGAGUCUUGGGAAGGGCUCACUGUGGUGUGUGGAUCCAGACUACCGACCCAACCUCAUUCAGACGCUGAAGAAGGCACCCUAUCAUCCAUACUCACACAUCCUCAACACCCCUCCAGCAUCUCCUGACUCUGCACAGAGUUCCUCCCUGUCGGUGUGCGGCCGCCUGCGUCACAAUGGCUCGGCUCUGCAAGAAUCUGAUAUUGAUGCUGUGACUGCCAUGAUGUUGCUGAACUCUCCUCCAGAGCAAAGACCUGCUGAAUAUGCACGACUGCAACAGAAUGGAGGAGGAAGCUGGGGGUUGCUUAAGCCGCUGCAGAUUCACACGACGGGUUGCACACGGGAGCGAGAGGGCCGCAAACGGAGCCGUGCCCGGCACGACAGCGAGCACUCGUGUGGCUCCCCGGUGGUGAGCUGUGACCCCAGUGAAGACCACAACUACGUGGUGGCAUCAGGGGUAGGGUCCUCUGGCCAUGCCCCCUUGGUGCCGUCGCCCUCCACCUGUUCCUCCUGCUCUCCUUCCUCCUUCCAGGGCCCUUAUGACCUUUCCAUCCGAGGUGGUCGCACUGCGGCACACGCACGUGGGAAAGGCAAGCAAGGUUUGCCUUUGGGAUCACAGGGUGAGGAGAAGGAAGAUGUUGCUGUAGAGAGGAGUGAAGAGGGGAAACAAGGGGAGGGAGGAGGGGGAGGUAAAGAAUCGGCGUUAAGGCGGCAGAACCACCAGGCAGGGAAGAGCGAAAAGAGCCAGGAGAAACGCAAAAGAAAGUUUGGAGUUUCUCUGGGUAGCGGUGCUGCUGCCCCCAAAACAGACAAAUGGCAGAGGGUGCUAGGCAGGGGUGGAUGGGACACUCUGGGCAAACGAAUGUUCAGGGCUUCUGAAGAGCCACCUCGCAGCAGCAGCAGGAAGAGUGGGGCUGGACGGGUCUUGGACGACAAGGAUGAGGAAGAUGAAGAGCUGAAGGCAGCAGCCGGCUCCCUGCUGCACCUCGCCGGUUUGCACCAGUGCCUAGAGAGCACAGCCACAGCGGUUGUCACCAAGGCAGCUCCUGCGCCUGAUAGGGGCAGCCGCAGGAAGAAAUAACUCGCGUCACCACCAACCCUCCCUUAUGCUUACGGGACUCAUGCCAAUUAAAAAAAUACAAUUAUGGGGCAAUACUUUUAUUUUGUAUUUGUUUUUGUUCUGUUUUGGUUUUUAAAAUUAUUUUUCAGAAUCAAGUAUAUUUUUUGAGUGGGGAUGAAAGCCAUAUGUUGACCCAAGGAACUUUGUUUAGUUACUGAAUCAGUGCUUCAGAAGCGUGGCCACUGUACUUGGUCUUCCCUGUUGAAUUAACGUUGUUUGCGGUGCAGACCAUAAGACGCCCUGAAAUCUCCUUGGUUUUCAUGUUUUUUAGAGUCCAAGGGUGUUAUGUGUGUCCAUUCUGUCUGUUUAACACCAAUAACCAACACCAAUAAUUUCAGUCCUAUUCAGAAAAAUUAAGUGGAAACCCCUGUCGGGGUCUUGCCGUCUGAAGGAUGAUGUGCAGAGUGUUACGGAAUUGUUCUAGUUUGCCAAGAAAAUUAAUAGCAAUGUUUAACUAUGUUGAGGUUUUUUUUCUCUCUUCUGAAAUGUGCAUUUGCACUUGAAUUAAGUAUGGCAUUGCCUCUUGUACUCGCGAGAGACUGCAAGAACAGGCUUUGUAUUUGGAGCUCAGCAAAAGCAUGAGCCUCUUGCUAAUUUGUGGUCAGACUGAUAAUUCUGCCAUGUAAAAUUCGGACCCAUCUUAAUCUCAUGGUGCACAUUUCAUUGCAGUAUGACAUACAGGAUAUGACUUUUUAAUUUUAAAUGUGGACCUGAAUGGGUCUGCUGUAAUUAGACAAUCUCCCCACGUAUCGAUCACCUGGACUGAUGCAUAGGUGAAUCAAUGUAGAGCAUGUACAUGAGUAAAAAAUAGAAGGGUAAUUUUGCCAUUACUGCCAGAACAUUGCGAAAAGGUGGAAUAAUCACAAGUAAGCCGCAUGUUCAUAAGCAACGAUGGCUUCUGCCACAGGGCAGUGAAGCCUGAGGUUAGUGACAGGCGCCGUGACACCGUGCUAUUGCUGCUCUUAAGCAAUGUUCAUGUAACGGGUGUGGCUCCUCACGAGCAUGUGGUGCUGCAGUGCUCUAAACGGCUGCUCCUGAAUCGAUUAAGAUAUUACACUGGCAGACAGCAGCCCUCUAGUGUGGGAAACUGCACUUGACAUUAGCUACCGCGUUAAAUGUGACCUCGGUGCCACAGCAACAUUAUUCCUACUCUAUUGACACUUUUGCAUUGAAUUAUAUUAAUUAUUUUACGUUUACAUCAAGAAAAUAGAUGGAAAGAUAAAACAAUCAUAUAAAUCUAAUAUUAUUUUGAUCAGUGCUCUCUGAUGACUAGUAUUUAUUUAAAAUGUCUCAAUAAUAUGUGCAAUCUUGGCCUGUGCUUCACCGAAACAAUGAGAGCAUUCUUGUAAAUGCUUCUAGGACAAGAUUCAAGGACAGCGUUUUAUAGCAUUCCAGCGUUGGGAGGGGCAGGUAGCAUGGUCCCUUCCUGGGCACUGGGAUUCCCUAUCAUCUUGUCUAUGCUGUGCGCAGGGAACACCUCACACGCGCUGGGUUCGCCGGGGCCACCGGGUGAGGCCCUUCUCGUUUGUGCCACUGUGUUCACGUUGCCAGCGUCAGACGCAAUCUGCCAUUGCAUGCUUUUGUUUGAACAAACGACUCCUAUGUGUGUUUUUUGUAUGUCAAUGUAAUGUGACUUAGAGUUGUUAGUGACAGCAUGCAUUUUUCAUAUUCAUUACAAUUUAAGAUUUGGGGAAAGGUGCUUUAACCUUGUAUUAGCAAGUCCCGAAGCAAUUCACUCUGCCUGGGUCGAUAGUAAAUAUAUAACUUACAAUGUUUAAGUUUUGUUCAGGGAUUUGGUGACGUGUUUGGCAGAGGGAGCCAAUAUCAGCAUCAGUAUUUGUGUCUCACGAGUCUGAUAAAUAUAUUGAAGCUAUGAGAAACUGCCCUGAGGUUAAUGAUGCUGAGGCGCUGCCGUGACGCUCUCAGUCAGCAUGGGGGGAGGUGAACACUUCGCGUUGCUCGCGAAGCACAUGCCAGGCCUGCGCUGGCGGGCGGGUGUGCUGUUCAGAGAUUUUUUUUUUAAAUGAUUGUCUUCCAGAGUUAACCUUCCUCUUAUAACUACGAGGUAUUAAUGACAUCGUGCCAGGUAAUCACCUUUCCAAAGCCGUGUGCUGUUUGUUGUUUAAGCUAAUGCAUAUGACAAUAGGAAUUGGUCAUACAAUGAGUAGUGUUGUGAGGUGUAACUCCUAAGUACCUGUAGCUGGUAAUAACUAUUACUGUAUAUGUUCCAGUGAGCAUUUUUCAAAACUUUUGCAAAUUUAUUAACUUUCUUAUCCAGUAUUCUGACACUUUGUACCAACAUUUGCCUUUUCUGUUACUCAGAGCCUUGCACAUUGUAUUAUCGUGUAGCAAUAUUGUGCUAAGUGUUGUCAAUGGCCACAUUUGUAUUUGGCACAUGCUCGAGUAACUUGGUGGCCCUGCCAGCCACUUGGCUGCACUUACGGUCAGUGAUGGCCCAUGUGGACCCACUGCCAGUGCAGGGCAGUGCUGGCUGUGGGUGUACAUUUUGGGCACUUACACUUAAUUGCAUGAACGAGCCAGCCCUGCCCGCGCCCUGGUAAACAUGCCCUCAUUUAUCCCUCUUACACUCUGGUCCCAUUUGGUUUUUAUUUUGAGUUGUGAAUCGUCAUGUUUUGCCAAAACCUGCCAAUCACAGAGAGAGAGAGAGCUGUGUGACCCCUUGUGCGUGGCGCGGGCAGUGGUGUUUGUGACCUGCACGGGGACGGUUCCUCCGUCAGGCGUGUCCUGCCAAAGACAUGUCCUUUGUUGUAAAUACCCACUCCAUUAAACAUGGCCUCGCUCCC